AUGGCAGAGUCUACAAAAAAGAGAACUCUGGACGCGUUUUUCAAACCUCCUCCCAAGAAGGCACGUGUAUCUGACACUAAUAACCUCGACAUUGGUGGUAAUUCAACAAUAGACAAGGAUGAAAAAGUCGAGUCCUCUCAUCAUCCAACAUAUCCUCAUCCUAUACAAUGUUUCCUAAAGUCUAUCGAAACAGAACUGAAGUCUCUCCCUUCGACAAUCGGUCGAGUCAUCAAUGAUCAAGCGGAUCUUGACCUGCUUUAUUUCGAACCAUAUAUUCCAAAAUAUCUAGAACGCGAGGUCUUCCAAUUCCUCCGAAAAGAAUUGUUCUUCUAUAGAGUCGAGUACAAAAUCAAACGUGGUGGUAUUGAGACUGAUAUUCGAACACCGAGAUACACCACGGUCUUUGGCAUUGAUGACACCUCCCAAUUUAAUGAAACUGGAGAAGUAGUCGAUGCCAGCACAAAGAGGAAAGUAGAAAAGGACAAGAACUACUCCAAGUAUCCACCUCGGCCAAUACCAAAAUGUCUCGACGACCUGCGGAUAUCUACAGAAGCGGCCACAGGAUGCAAAUUCAAUUUUUGUUUGGUUAAUUACUAUGCCUCCGGGUCGGACAGCAUCUCGUACCACAGUGACGAUGAGAGAUUUCUUGGAAGCCUACCUGCCAUCGCCUCAUUCUCGCUCGGUGCAAAGAGAGACUUUCUCAUGAAGCACAAACCAGUUGCACCAAAUGACAACGUACCACCACCAGAGACAAAACCAAUCAAGCUACCUCUUGCAAGCGGAGACAUGAUUUUGAUGAGAGGACGAACUCAAGCCAAUUGGCUUCAUUCAAUCCCUAAACGAACAGGCAAGAACGCGGAAGACGGAGGAAGAAUCAACAUUACCUUUAGGCGCGCAAUGAUCAAGGGCGGAACAGAGAAUUACUACAAUUACAACGUAGGCUCUGGGCCGGUUUAUAAAUGGGACGAAACUCGUCGCGAGAUGAGGUUGUGGAAAUCAUGA